AUGGCCUCUCUCUUUCAUCUCUUUCUCUACAUCACCCUUCUUCACACCUCCAUCAAUGGAUUCAAUGGCCAUUCCAUUAAACCACCUAUCACUGCACGUCCUUAUUUCAGUUGCGGCGGCGGCGUCUUCCGCUACCCAUUUUGGCACCAAGAUCAACCGUCGGGGUACUGUGGAUACCCGGGCUUCGGGAUCUCCUGCGGUGGCGAUGGCAGUGGCCCUGUUCUCCGCCUCUCCGGCGAUGCCUACAGCAUCAUGAAGAUCAAUUACUCUGAAAAUACGCUUACCCUCCGCUACGUCGACAUAAACAAUGGGAGUUGUCCCCGGGCACCUCAUGGUGUUACAUUGGACAACUCUUCCGCUUUCAGCUACACUGCACGUAAUAACAUGCUGCGUUUCUUCUAUAACUGCACGCUUUAUCCACCUUCACUGCCGUCUAUGGAGUGUCUUCGGCAUGGGACGAAGCGCUCUUAUGUGUUUAUUGUGGGAGCAGUGCCGGAGUUCGACUGGAGUGGGUACUGUGAAACGACUGCGACUGUGCCGGUGAUUGAGAAGUCGGUUGGUGGAGAUUUGGUUGAUGAUUUUGGUAGAGGCAUACGAGAAGGGUUCGAGCUAACGUGGAGGUCCGACGGUGGUUGUCGUUCGUGUGAAGACAGUGGCGGAUUCUGUGGAUAUGGCGGUGGCGAUCUUCACCGGAAUUUCUUCUGCUUUUGCUCCGGUGGCCGCCGUUCAUCUAACUGUCACAAUAACGGCACAGUGGUGUUUGGAGGUUUAAUGGUGGCAGCAACAUUUUUUUAUUUCAUCCAGAGAAGGAAAAUUGGCUUAUACAAACCAGUUGGUCCUGUCAAAUAG